AUGGGGUUGUCGAAGUCGAGCAGGAUAUUGAUCCUGUUGGCGAUUGAUUCGGCCUUCUUUCUGCUGGAGUUGGUUGUUGGCUAUGCGGUGCAUUCGCUCGCCCUCGUCGCCGACUCCUUCCAUAUGCUCAACGAUGUGUUAUCGCUCUGCGUUGGAUUAUGGGCCGUCAAGGUCGCGAACCAGAAGAAUCACUCGAAGAUGUACACGUAUGGGUGGCAACGCGCGGAAACGCUAGGUGCGCUCAUCAAUGGCGUCUUCCUCGUCGCUCUGUGUCUCUCUAUCUUCCUCGAGGCGAUUCAGAGGUUUGUCGAACCGCAGGAAGUCUCACAUCCUAAGCUGGUCCUCAUUGUGGGUUGCUUUGGACUGGCAUCGAACGUCAUUGGACUCUUCCUCUUCCACGAUCACGGGCAUGGUCAUGGCGGACAUUCGCACGGAGCAAAGGGAGAUGUCGCUGCUGCGGAAGAGGGACAUGCACAUGGCAUCGAUGCGGAAGACCACACGGUAGCUGACCAGGGUGGGAAUGUUGCGGAGGUUCUACCCCAGACGCGCGUUGGGAACUUCUCGUCUGCCGUUGGAGAUGGACAGGCUAAGCCGGGAAAUUCGCGAGAAAUUCAAUGGACUCCGACCGCAGAAAGGACGCCCCGUAGGUCUGCCUCUGGCAAGCGCAUCCCCAAGCGUCAUCAUCGAUCGCGAUCCCGAGGCUAUUCUACGCUCGACGAGAUUUACGUCCAUCCUUCUUCGUUCCGAAACAGCAUUAUCGAAUCAUCGCGGCUGGAGCAGGAAGAGUCGGGGUCGGACGCGGAUAACGAGAAUGCCGUAGCAGACGAGGAGGAGUCCACGGAGGCAUCUCCACUGCUCCACAAGUCCAAGAGCGCUGAUGGCAAGGCUUCACCGAAGAAGGAUUACCAUAUCGACCACAGGCAUGCCCAGCCGCAGCAGGAAGGCAAAGGCGGACACGGUCAUGGGCAUGGAGACCUGAAUAUGCGCGGAGUCUUUCUGCACGUUAUGGGCGAUGCCCUGGGCAACAUCGGUGUCAUUACGUCUGCGCUCAUCAUCUGGCUUACCAACUACUCGUGGAGAUUCUACUCGGAUCCGCUAAUCUCGCUUAUUAUCACCGUCAUCAUCCUCUGCUCCGCCAUUCCGCUCUGCAAGGCCGCAUCCCGCAUACUCCUCCAGGCCGUUCCCGCAGGACUCUCGAUUGACGACAUCAAGGACGACAUCACCGAGCUCGACGGCAUCAUCUCCUGUCACCACCUGCACGUCUGGCAGCUGUCAGACACCAAGCUCAUCGCCUCGCUGCACGUCCAGGUCAGUUUCGACUUCAAAGGCGAAGGUUCCGCACGAUACAUGGAACUAGCUCGCGAAAUCCGCAAGUGUCUCCACGAAUACGGCAUCCAUUCCUCCACUAUCCAGCCAGAAUUUUGUCUCGACGCGAAUCAUGAUCAUUCCGCACAUGAGAGCAGUGCUGACGAGGCGGCGGCAUCUCGCAAUGGAAGUCAUAGGAGCUCAGGGGGGAACAGCAAAAACGGCAGCGUGACAGGUGACCCUGAAGCCUGCUUGUUGGAGUGCAGUGAUGCCUGCGGGGACAGCAAGCAAUGCUGUAAUCCGGGUAUCAAGGGGUGUGGAGGAGCAAAGUAA